AUGCCUGGAGUUACAGACGGGGCCAGACCGUGGGAGGCAGCAGCGGGAGACCUUCUGGAUGUUUCUACCUCUAUUCAGGUCCAGAGAAAAGAUAUUGAUCUUGAUAAAGACUACGAUGCCAACUACGACUAUGACUACAACCUCAACUAUGAUCCUUGGGAUGACACUGAUACCGACACAUCGUUUGAUGCUCAGCCUGGACUCGGCACAGUCCGAGUGUUCUCUUCAUCAGUGGACGGAGACCCCCAUUUUGUGGUGCAGAUUCCCAAACUCCACGAGAGCCUGUGCUUCACUGUGGACGGUCGAGCUAAAGAUGUUCUCCGGCUGCUGGAGGAUCCACACAGAGGAAUCAUCGUGGACGGUCACCUGGUCGGAGCACCGUCUAAACCUGGAGCAGAGGAGCGCCCCCGGACCUACUUUGACCGUCUGGUGAUCUCCAUGGCGACGGGCAGAUCCGCUGACAUCCUGAUCAGUGUCUCAUUGGACAGUGUGGUGCUGGAAGGCGAGGGUUGGGACAAGCUGCCUGUCAACCAGCAGGGCUCCAUCAGGCGUCAGGAAGUGACCGUCACCGUUGACAACCAUCACAGCUGCUGGAUUGAACUGAGCAGAAACAUCCACUUCCUGGUUCUGUUUCACUAUUACAGACACCCCAGUUACCUGCAGAUGGCGCACCUGGGCUUCUACAUCACCAACGGGCAAGGGCUGUCCCAUAACACACAAGGCCUGCUGGGACAAUUUCAGCACACAGAUAUGACCAUUACCAGACUGAAGAACCACCCUGAGGGUAACCGCGCUAUCACCAGUCGAGAAGCCUCCGUGUCCAGGGGACUUCUGCGGUGGGGACAGCAGCACAUGAGGGUCACUCUGCAGGACAAAAGCCUCAAAGACUCGCUCCAAAAACGACAUUCAGGAAAGUGCUGGGUGGUCCCGAAAGCAGAGGUAGAGAGACUGCUGGGGCAUUCUUAUGAGAGCUACGUUGUGGAUCACAUGUAA